UACUUUAUGGAAAAGCACCAACACAUAUAUAAUAGGGUUUUCGCAAGUCGCCGGCUCUAGUUUUAUUUACGAAAGAAAGAAAGAAAGUGCUAGGUGCUAUUAGUCAUUCAUAUUACGACAUAACGAUUGAAGUAUGAGUCUCAGGCAGUUUCAGAACAUUUCCCGCCAGGCCCUCAGGUGCUAUUCAGUCAGGCGGACCAUUGGCCCUGCCCUAGAGUUGAGUCAGGGUCAGAAGCAGAGCCUUCGCCUCUGCACCGUCCUGCUUCCCGUGAGCUGUGCGGCCACAUCCGUCACUUCCGCCUCCUCAGCCGCCCAGUACUCCACAGCUGCUGCCAUCGACAUGUCUGCUAACGGAGAUUACAAGAACGCCGCCUCGAUUUACGAGUUCACCGUAAAGGAUACCCAUGGAAAUGACAUUUCCCUGGACAAGUACAAGGGCAAGGUCGUCCUGGUAGUCAACAUUGCCUCAAAGUGUGGCCUGACCAAGAACAACUACCAGAAGUUGACGGACCUGAAGGAGAAGUACGGCGAGAGCGGACUGGUGAUCCUGAACUUCCCUUGCAAUCAGUUUGGAUCCCAGAUGCCAGAGGCCGAUGGCGAGGCUAUGGUGUGCCAUCUGCGCGACUCCAAGGCUGAUAUUGGAGAGGUCUUCGCUAAGGUCGAUGUGAAUGGAGAUAACGCUGCGCCCUUGUACAAAUACCUGAAGGCCAAGCAGACAGGAACCCUGGGCAGUGGAAUCAAGUGGAACUUCACCAAAUUCCUGGUUAACAAGGAGGGCAUCCCCGUCAACCGAUAUGCCCCGACCACCGAUCCCAUGGACAUAGCCAAGGACAUUGAGAAACUGCUGUAGGCGUCCCCUAGAUGUUAGCUGCCUUAUGGACUGUGUUUUUCGCGUAGCAUUAGCUUGUACCCGCCUGGCCACAUAUAGUCUUGUGGCUGGCCACAUGCACCGCAUGUUAUAUAUAUUGUCUACUCUUUUACUGGUUUUUGAUUCCCACCCACAAACAUAAUAAACGCUAUUUGUGGUUACCA